GUGUUCAAUCAUUCGAAAACUUGUGUUGGUGUGAAUCGCAUGUGGAGCGAUUGUUUCUACGAUUUUGUCGAAAGUGUGUGUGUGCAUUGUUAAGUAUUAUUAUCUCAUCGAAUAAUUGUGCUAUCAUCUAAUCCGAACGACAAACAAAUAAGGAUCGAAAAAUGGUUUUCAAGGCUGUGUUCCUCCUAGCCACCGCGCUAGUCCUCGUCGCCGCCCUUCCCGCCCCAGAGGAGGAAGUUCAAAUCGUCCCUGUCGAAAUCCCCGUCGCGGAAGAGCGCGCUGACCAGGUUGCGGCCGCAGAUCAGAGCGGAUGGGGAGGUUGGGAAGCUCCAGCCCAGUCAUCCGGAUGGGGUUGGCAAGCACCUGUUUCCAAGGGAUGGGGCUGGCCAAAGUUCAAGUACCUCAAGUUCACCAUCCCAAUCCCAAUUUUGCCCAGAAUUAAGUUCGGAAUCAAGGGUGGAUUAAAAUUGAACGCUGCCAUCCAACACCCCAAAGGCUGGGGGUCCGGGUGGAGACGAUAGAAAGCACUAGCUUGCUAUAAAAAAUUAGGUUCUUCUCUCUUCUAGCAGCAGUUCAAAUUCAUAUCUGCAAUUUUUUUUGCACAAAGAGUCAAAAGUCUAAUACUAAAUUUAGUCUAACAACAGAAACCAGUGUUUUUUUUUGGAAUGAAUGAAUUUAGUGUGUGUGUGAUUGUUGUAUGAUUGUUUUCACGACUUUUUUGAGUGCUUGUUGUAUGUGAGGAUGAAUCAAUUCGUUACCGUUAUUUGUGUAGAAGUUGAUGUUUUUUUUUGUGGGUGAAUUUUUUACGUUUUUUUGGCCAGAACUUUAUACUGUGUGAAUCUGAGAAAUGUGUGUUUGAUUAGUGUGAUUAGAUUGUUGUGAAUGAGAUUUUUAGCAAAUUAUUACGAGGUAAAAAGUAAAUAAAGCGUUUUUUACGAAAAACUAAAAGUAUCUAUA